AUGUUCGUUUCAGAUCUUCUGCCAACCGUUUCCCUUUCAUCAAAGAAUCGCAGAAUCGAAGGUUGGAAACAAACAAUUAAAAUUCCUCACCGGGCUGGGAAUUUGUUCAAAGUUCAAAUUUCAGUGAACUGGAAGGAUCCAGAACCUAAUGCUACAUUAGAGUAUUUGAAUCAAGCCAAGAGCCUAUAUAGUUUUAUGGAACCAUAUGUGUCAAAGAAUCCUAGAAGUGCUUUUUUAAACUAUAGAGACCUUGAUAUUGGGAUUAAUAGUUUUGGUGAGAAUAGUUAUCAAGAAGGAAAGGUUUAUGGUGCUAAGUAUUUUAACAAUAAUUUUGAUAGGUUGGUUAAGAUUAAGACUGCUGUUGAUCCUGAUAAUUUCUUCAGGAAUGAGCAGAGUAUUCCUGUUCUAGCAGGAAAGGCUUAG